AUGCCUACAACGAUUUGUCGCGCCGAUGGGCAGAGAAUUGACAUCACGGCCGCUCUCGGCAGUGAGGCCAAUGUCCUCUCGGAGCACCACCAAUAUAUGGGCGAGGUUGCGUUCAAGUUCCAUCUGUGGCAGCGGCGAGCGGCUUUGGAACGGCUUGUUGCCUUGCAUGUCGGGGUUGAUGCGGCGUGUGUGAAGACCGGACAUCCCAAGACAUGGCGCGCAGGCUCCUUCAACGUGGCCAUCCCGCUGCUUCUGUUCGAUUGCGCGGAUGCAGCAGAAGACCAGCACGACAAGCCGACCGAGACGCCUGAGAAUCAGCAGGUCAGGCGUGUUGUGCUUCGCUGCCCACUGCCGAUGAGCUGCGCCGAGACGAACUACCCCGGUUCGAUUCUGGAAAAGAUGCGGUGUGAGGUGGCAUCGUAUGUGUGGAUGCAGCGCCACUGCCCCGAAGUUCGGAUCCCCCACCUAUACGGGUUUGGCUUUCCAAAUAGCACCCCACCGAUGACAAAAGAGCCUGCCAAGAUGCGCAACUUGUUUCGCGGCAUCUCCCAAAUCAUCCUCGCGUUGGCCCGCAUUCCCCAGCCGAGGAUCGGCGCAUUUUGUUUCAACGACGACGGCACGAUCUCCUUGGACAACCGGCCGCUUACGUGGGACAUAGUUCGUUCCGAGAACGAAGGGGCGCCGAGGACGAUGGCCGUCGACAAGACGUACACUGAUGUCGGCCAGUAUGUCUUGGAUACAAUGACGUUCCACGACGAACGCUUCCUCGCGGCACCACAUGCAGCACACAACGAAGCCGACUGCAAGGGCCAAAUGGCAAUUCGAGCAUUCCUCCGUGCCGUCGCACCUCGUUUUGUAGACAACAGUCGACGGAACGGGCCCUUUGCCUUGUUUAUGGCGGACCAAAACGCGACGAAUAUCAUGGUGGACUCCAAUUGGAAUGUGACUGGGAUCUUCGAUUUAGAGUGGAUUGUCUCCGCGCCCAUCGACAUGCCUCACACGCCACGCUGGCUCACGUGGGAACAGAUCGACUGCAUUGCCGGCGAGGGAUAUGGGGAAUACGACCGGAUGCGAGGUGCCUUUAUGGAGGUAUUCAAAGAAGAAGAGCGCCAUGCGGACACAAGUGCGCUGGAGGCAGCCCAUGGCGGAACUCUAAGCUCGAUCUUGGAUGCGAGCUGGGUUUCAAAGCAGGUCUGGUUUUACCGGGCAUUGCUGUCGUCCCACGCUAUCGAUCUCCUUACAGAGAGGCAGCUUGUUCCCCUGCAUUACCCGGGGGAGUUUCCUGUGCCCGCGGUCUUCUCAACGUGGUGUACAAACCCAGAGGAGACCGUGGCAGGCAAACUUGCCGAUCGUAGGGCCUAUGAAGAAAGGAUACUGAAGCUGUUUGCGCAAAUAACAAAAGCAAAUGACACAGCAGCUUCAUAA